UUUUAAAUUAUCUCCUCCCAUGCAUUGAAUAUUUUCAUUUCUUUGUUGCGGGUCUCUGGCGUCAUUUUCAGCCGUUCAUGUGACAGCAGCAGCAGCAGCAGCAGCAGCAGCACCUGACCGCUAGAAACAAAUAAGUCAGACCGUUAGAGACGCGUCAAGAUGGAGAUGAGCUGAACGGCAGCGGGGGGAUGGAGACUGUUAUCAGGGACGUCUACAAAUAAAUGUCCCCGAGAACAGCUGUGUUUAGCUGCUUUCUGCUCCAUCUGCUGAUGAAGAUUGUGUGACCUGGUUGAAAGCACUGGAUGAAGCUUCGUUGCUGCAUGCAGAUAUAAUGAUGCCAUCAUCACCGCGGUGACAGCAGAGAAAGAAACAGGGCCUGAUCAUGGGAGACAGAAGGAGGUCACAAUGUGCCGAAAUCUGUCCAAAUACACCCUCAUCUUCUUGUUCCUAGCGCUGUCCGGCCUCAUCUUCCUGCUGCGCAACAUCCACACUGUAGAGAACUGGAACUGCCACACGAUUUCAACCCUCUACCAGCUACAGAGCAGGAUCCAGUCAUCCUUCAUUCCCGUCAAUCUUCCCACUUUUUACCACAACCGCACCUUCUGUGCUCAUUUGGGCCAGAAACCGUCCCCUGAAGAUGAAGUGGAAGAGCGCUAUCUGUUGGACUCUAUCUCCUGGCCCGGUCCUCCGUCUCACUCCUCACCACCCACCCUGCGCCAGACAAGCGACCCUGUGCACAGCCUGUUCGCCAUCCUUCCCACUAAAGAAGGGAGGGAGUGGCAUGUGGGCGACCAGCUGGAGGCCCUCGUCCAAAUGCACGACUUCCUAGGUCGUCCCAAGCGCUACGGCGGGGAUUUCCUUUUGGCCAGACUUCACUCUCCCGAGCUCGGAGCAGGUGUGGCAGGGAGGGUAGUGGACCACAGGAAUGGAUUUUAUUCCGCUCUGUUUCCGCUCCUCUGGGUGGGAACCGCACAGGUCGAGGUUAUAAUGGUGCAUUCCAGCGAGGCCGUUGCCGUGCUGCGAAGGCUGAGGGAGGAACGACCCGAUCGGGUGUUUUUCAAGAGCCUGUUCCGCUUGGGCUUCUUGUCGGAAACUACUGUGUGCAACAUGUGUUUACCCCCCGACCAGCAUCCGCUGUGCAACUACACAGACCUUUACACAGGUGAGCCCUGGUACUGCUACAAGCCUAAGAUGCUCAGCUGUGACACCAGAAUCAACCACGCCAAAGGAGGCUACUUAAAGCACCUCAUCACCAACAAGGAGGCUUUGCUCUUCCAGAGUGGUGUAAACAUCAAAGUUCAGAUACACGCUUCAGGACCUGACAAAAUCAGUGUGCUACCACGGAAAGAUAAAGUAGAGGAAGAGAACAGCAGUAUAAAUCCAGAGGACACUCAGCUAGAAGCAUCUGGAUAUUACUACGAGGACUCGUGGAGGCCUUUAGGUGGCGUUACUAUGCGUCAGUUCAAUCAGUCAUCCGCCAUCGCUCAGUGUUUGCAGAACAAAGUCAUCAACAUGUACGGAGACUCCACUGUCCGGCAGUGGUUUGAGUACCUCAUUGCUUUUGUACCAGAAUUAAAGGAGUUCAACCUACACAGUCCUAAAAACGUCGGGCCGUUCAUGGCGGUGGACAGCACCCAUAAUAUCCUCUUGAAGUACCGUUGCCAUGGCCCUCCCAUCCGCUUCACCACCGUCAUGUCCAGCGAGCUGCGGUACAUUUCGAACGAGCUGGACGGCCUUGCUGGGGGCGCCAACACUGUGGUGGUUCUCAGCAUCUGGGCCCAUUUCAGCACCUUUCCAGUGGAGGUGUACAUCCGGCGACUUCGCCACAUUCGACGGGCACUGGUCAGACUGCUGGACCGAGCGCCGGAGACACUCGUGGUGAUCCGCUCAGCCAAUCUCCAAGCCCUGGACCAGGAGGUGAGCCUGUACAACAGCGACUGGUACUCCCUGCAGCUGGAUAUGGUGCUCCGAGCCAUGUUCAAGGGACUGAACGUCCUGGUGGUGGAUGCUUGGCAAAUGACUUCAGCACACCAUCACCCCCAUGCCCUCCAUCCUCCUCCAGCCAUCGUCAAGAACAUGAUAGAUAUGCUUUUGUCUUAUGUCUGCCCAGAGAACACCAAGAGCCAGUAGUAGGAGCACAGAGAGGACAGUGGAUCUUUUAUUGAGGGAAACUGAGGACUUUACUGUGUGAAUCCUUCAGUCAGUUCGACAGUUGUCUUUGUUUGGCUUCUCAAAAAGUUUUCUAAAGCUGUACCCUUUAAAUACUGUCCUUACUAAGAGAUUUUCCAGACUUUUAGUACUUGCCUGUUACAUUUACAUAAAGUGGCAAUGGACAAGUUUUUGGCUCUAACUUACCAUUAUGAAGUAACGGUUGGUAAUGCAAUGUAAUGGCUUUAGAGUAAUGACACCAUUAGACUGGUUUCCUAUAAGCCUUGCUUUCACUAUGCAAUUCUGUCUACCAUCGGGUAAGCGAUCUCCAGGGAAAAUGAAGGCUCUGUUUACGCCACAAAGGAUGCCUGUCUCCAAUUGCACAACCAAAACGCAAAGUGGACAGUGCUUUUGAUUCCCAUGGUAGCUAUCAGUUGCUCUUCCCAGCAAGUCGAAAUGACCAACAGUGGAACAUCUGAAGUAACUGUGGAAACUUUACCCAACAAAAGAAAAAGAGCAUUGCGAGAAAAAAAAAACUCAUACGGGCAUUUAUUCAAUGGAAAGAGAUCUGGAUUUAGGAGGGUUCAAAACUGGCAUUCUUUUCCAAAACCUGCCUACUUAAUAACACAGAUGGGCCUUUUGCGCUGCCUGUAUCAUAACGCUGAAAUCAAGGUUUCUGUUUUAAAUUGGGAUCCUUACAGUUGUGUCUUGCUUUGAACAGGAGUCAGACUGUUUGGUUACACAAAGAUACAACAUAGCAUGAUACAAACACAGUUUCUAAACACAUACUAAAGAAUUUCUGUGUUUUCAUGUCUACACUACAGACUACAUGAGUCACUAAACACAUUUUUCUCCUCAUGUUUUCUUCUGCGCUACCCUGACACCAACCCCUGCUGUAGUCUUUGCAUGCUCUCAGACUAUGUUAUUACCCCAUUUUAAAUUAUGAUUAUUUCAUUUCAUUUGACCUCCUCCGUGAGCAUGCUGUUUUCUUUGCUUCAUUUCCUAAGUGGCAUUGAUUGUUUCAUGUCCUGUGGUGUUGGUAGUUGCGAGGCGCUGAGCAACACGGAAAACAAUCUGGUCUUCGUACCAAUACUACUAUUUGGAAAUGCUCCGGGGGAAGUGAAAAAUUUGUCUGUUGCCACUUUAAUUUUGAUCCCCCCCAAAAUGUUGUUUAUUCUGGGAAUGCCAAAGACUUUGGCAGAGUGAUUGUUAAUGCUUAUCUGUUAUUAUUACCAAAGUGGGGUUUUUUUGGUUUGUUUUUAUGUGCAGUAUUUUUUAUGUUUAUUUAUUUGCAUAUAUCUGUAAGUUUUGCCAAAGGUGAAGACUCACUGAGUUUUUGUUUCAAAGAUUUUUCUCAGGCUGAGUGUUAGAAUUUGCUUUUUGUAAAAACUUGGACAUACAUUACCGACAAUGUGGUUAAAGGCCACUUAUGUAUGUUGUUUUUUUGGGUUUUUUUUUUAAUGCUUUUUUGCAAGUUUACAGCACACAAUACGACCUCUGUAACUUAUUAUAGCAGACAAAAGGUGAUGGUUUGAUAAGAAUAUAAACAGGAGAGCUUAAAAUGUGCAUUUGUCCAGUGUAAAAGUGUGCAAGAUGUUACUUGAAAGAAAAAAAUCUGCAUCCA